AUGGCGCUCCCAACUCCUGCAGAGGGACAUGAUGAGCGUCAUGACACCGCCGACUCUUCACAUUUCCAUGUAGACAUGGCCCGCGGCAGCUCGAAGCCUGAAGAGGAAGCCCCGGCAGUCCGGUUUGCCUCGACCACAGAGGAAAUCUCGCCUUUGUUCUCGGGUGCCGAGAAGCAGCAUGGAGGCGACCACACCGUUUCAGAGGUCGCUGCUGAGCAGCUAAAAGCAUUUACCAAAUGUCUCCACGGCCGGCCUCUGCAAGAGAGGCGCAUGAACACGUUUCAGUUUGAGGCAUUCUCUCUCCCGCCAUCCAGAGUUCCAUCUCGGGAAGAUCAGUCCGGAGAAUCGACUCGACUUCCCACGCCCAAUUCCUCUGGUUUCGACUCACCACACGGCAGUCCCAGACUAUCGGCACUGGCCUCCCCUCCACUUACACCCGCUGGAUCAGGCCCUCUGGCCGAAAAGAAAAUCUCGAGGGGAACCGAAGACAAAGCCCCGAGCUCCCACGACCCCCACAUCAUUACACCGCAGGCCUCGUCUACUCACGACAAGUCACCCGCCCUUGGGGAGAGACAAGCCCUCCCUCACCGACCGGCGUCCUCGGACCAUGUUGCGAGGCGGUCUUCCUCUGUCGAGGAUCACAAGUCUCACAGGAGGGGAAUGUUUGGUAUUGGAUCGGGCUCGGUCCCUGGCUCCAGGGACUGCAGUCCUUCGCGAAGCUCAGCAUCAAACUACUACUCAAAGCCGGCGACCCCCGGUGGUGACGCCAACGAUCCCUACGCCAAAGGAAAGCGACCGCCGCCGCAGCAACAUCCCACGAGGCAUUCAAUCGACCCUCGCUUUGUGUUUUCCCGGAAAAAGAAGCACGGAUCGCCAGGCAACUCCAGAACGAGCGUGAGUGAAAAACGCGGGUCCGUUCUUUUUGGGAAAUAUGACGAGCAUGUUGCGAGCGACGGAAGUUCCGGGCAUGGCCCUCAUGGCCAUGGUUCCAUGGCCGAUCUGAAGCGCUUCUUCAGAAUGCCGGGCCAUCACCAGCAUCAUGGUCACCACCACAAGAAAAGAGAUUCCUCGCCCGCCUCGGGAACCAGAACGCCUCCAACGUCCCGAUCUACGACUCAGCAACUACCUUUCAGCGACGACCAUGGCCUGUCAUCCAAAUAUGGGAAACUCGGCAGAUUCCUCGGUGCUGGAGCCGGUGGUUCGGUCAGGCUGAUGCGACGAAAAGAUGACAAUACUGUCUUUGCUGUCAAGGAGUUUCGGGCUCGGCACAGUUAUGAAACAGAACGGGAUUAUAACAAAAAGGUCACCGCCGAGUUUUGCGUGGGCUCCACACUACAUCACGGCAAUAUCAUUGAAACUCUAGACAUUCUCCAUGAAAAGGGACGCUGGUACGAGGUGAUGGAAUACGCACCAUUCGACCUGUUCGCCAUUGUCAUGACUGGCAGGAUGACGCGAGAGGAGGUCCGCUGCUGCUUUUUGCAGAUCUUGAACGGCGUGACGUAUCUGCACAGCGUUGGGCUGGCACACCGGGAUAUGAAGCUGGAUAACGUUGUUGUGAGCGACAAGGGAAUCAUGAAAAUCAUCGACUUUGGCAGUGCCCAUGUCUUCAAGUAUCCCUUUGAGAACGACAGCGUCCCCGCAAAAGGGAUCGUUGGCUCCGACCCAUACCUGGCACCGGAGGUCUAUGACUCGAGGGAGUACGACGCAGCUGCGGUGGACAUCUGGUCCUUGGCCAUCAUCUUCUGCUGCAUGACGCUCAGACGCUUCCCGUGGAAGAUUCCGAAAAUGACGGACAAUUCUUUCAAGCUCUUUGCCUCGGAUCCUACCCCUGGACAUGACCCGACGAAGCUCAUCUCGCAGUCGAGGUCAACCAGCCAGUCGUCGAGCACCGUGGGGCGAGAGCUUGGUCCCGAGGAUGAGGUCAAGGAAAAGGAAAAGGGCCAUCACCGCCACCAUUCCCACAAAGCAAACCACCAUCAUGGCCAUGAUGGCAAAGAUGGCCCAGACGCUGUUCCAGGGGCAGAGUCACAGUCUCAAAACCAUGAUGGUACCGGAGAGCGCAAAGAAGUAAUCCGCGGCCCGUGGAGAAUACUUCGAUUACUCCCGCGAGAAAGCCGUCACAUUAUCCAUCGCAUGCUUGACCUGAAUCCGAGGACGCGUGCAAAGAUGGAUGAAAUCCUGGACCAGGAUUGGGUAGCCGACACGGUUAUCUGCCAGCAGCUCGAGAAUGGCGAGGUUGUUCCAGCGGACGACCACACUCACGUACUCGAGCCGCCUGCUUCCCAGCAGCAGCAGCAGUCGACCAGAUCCACCAAGCCAUAA